AUGGCACCCUCAGUUGCUAAAAGAAUUGUCAUCGGUGUCGACUUUGGAACAACCUUCUCAGGCGUUGCAUGGGCCAUAAGCACGAGUACUCAAUCGGGCAACGUCGAGAUCAUCAGCAGAUGGCCAAACAUCUCGGGCGUGAAGACACACUCCGAGAAGGUCCCAACGAAACUCAGGCGUCUUGGCAACGGCGAUCUUCAAUGGGGUUUCCUGGUGCCGUCUGAUGCCCCGAGCAAUGAGGUCUUGCGGUGGAAACUAGAUGAUAGGGCUUCAGUAGCUGAGGUUGUCCCCGAGAACAUACGCGCCUACAACAAUCGAAGGACGGACCAAGCGAUCGUCGACUACCUCUCGCUCCUCGGGGCCGAAGUUCUGCAGGCAUUGACCAAUUCCCUUGGAGCCGGAUUGGUCAAGGACUAUGAGCUGAAGUACGUGAUCACAGUCCCGGCAAUUUGGAGCGAGCGCGCCACUCAACGAACCAAGCUCGCGUUCCAGGAUGCGAUGGACCUUCGCGGCAACCAAAACAUCACUGUGCUCUCGGAGCCAGAGGCUGCUGCUAUAUCUGAGCUCCAGCGAUCGAAGACCCGGAUCGUCAAUGAAGGCGAAUGCUUCAUGAUUCUAGACGCGGGCGGUGGGACCGUCGACCUCAUCAGCUACAUCAUCCGUCAACUACAUCCGCUUGUAGUUGAUGAGGCAGUUCGGGGGUCUGGCGAUGUGUGCGGCGGUGCCACCGUCACAGAUCGCUUCAGAACGUGGCUUGUGUCUAAGAUUGGAGAUUUGGAAUACUUCGAUGACGAAGUGCUUAGGGAUGCCGUGGAAUGUUUUGAUACACGUAUCAAACCCCGAGUCAACUCCGCUCUCUUAGCGAACAAUCACAGGUUUUUUGUGACUGUGCCUGGCCUUGCCAACAACCGUCAAGCUGAUAUUUCCAACGAGCUUAUCGGAAUCUCAGCUUUCGACGUUGUUUCCUUCUUCCAACCUAGUAUCGAGAGGAUCAAGCUGCUGGUUGCUGAGCAGAUCGCAGCCUCCAAUGUUCCCAUCACGGCCAUCAUCAUGGUCGGUGGGUAUGGUCAAUGCCAAUACCUGAAGGAAGAGCUUGAACAAGAUGUUCUGAUCAGAGAACGACAAAUCCAAGUACAUCGGUCACGUCGUGCGUGGACGGCUGUGGUUGAGGGUGCUGUGAUGAAAGGUCUCCAUGAAAUGAGCCCAGAGGACAGUACACGCAUUAGAAUCAGCAAUUACAAGGCGCGAAAGCACUACGGCACGGAACUCACUGUCACUUAUCAGGACUCCAUGCACUCCGAGCUUUUCGACAAGCGCCGCUGGGAUGGGUUGAACGGCUGUUACGAAGUGGAGGUCAUGAAUUGGUUCAUCAAUCAGGGCGAUUCUGUCACCGACAGCAAGAAGUUCUUCAAGGACUUCUUGGUGACAAACAAAGUCAAUCAUGGAAAGCCUCGGCGGAUUUACCUCAUCAUCUACAGUGACGAGACCUCCCAGGUGGCGCCUCUGGGCAAGACCGAAACGGUCCGGGAGCUCUGUACUGUCGAGGCCGACCUCAGCCAAAUCCCUGAGAGCCAGAUGACCAAGGUCCAAGGAAUUGACGGCUUCAUGUAUUUCUCCACUAAUGGCCAGAUUGAAAUUGUCUACAAAUCGCAGACUAUCACAUUCACGUUGAUCUACAACGGCCAGCGUUACAACAGCGUCACUGCGGACUUCUUAUAA